AUGUCCAGUAGUGAUACUUAUGAAACAAAACUGGACGCCGCGAGGUGCAAUUUUGUGUUCUGGAACCGUACCCGAAUUUAUAUAAUUCUUAUGACCUUGACAUGCCUCACAUUCAUCCAAAUGAACACUUUGACAUUCAGUUUUUCUGUAAUCUGUAUGCACGAUGUUAUGGAAGACAGUCGGCUAAACAGCACUCAUUGGUUCUCACAAACUACCGAAAAAUCCAUAAUAUUCUCUGGUGCCGCUAUUGACGGUUUAAUUGGACUGCUCCCGUCGGUUCCUCUAAUCAGUUUUUUUGGCUUCAAAAGUGUUCUAGUCUUUUAUGGAAUAAUUUCCUCACUAGGAACAUUUAUGUUCCCUAUGGCAGUCUUCUCUGGAUUUUACAUCUCCUUAUUAUGCCGUAUUCUACAAGGAUUCGGAUCCGCUAUCAUUUUUACAGCAGUUGGAGUGGUGCCAGGUAUCUGGGCACCGAAGAGUGAGGCUAAUACAUUUAUGGCAGUUCUGUCAUGUGCUUAUCAAUUGAGUAAUAUCGUUUGUAUGCCUGUUUCCGGGAUACUUUGCGAAUCAGUGUUGGGGUGGAGGUCCAUUUAUUAUCUUUUUGGAUCGCUAACUCUUAUGAUUUAUAUACUGUUUUGGUUUACGUAUUCGGAUAAUCCGGAAGAUAACAGAUUCAUCUCUCAAGAAGAAUUAUCUCAAAUUACUUGUGGAAAAAUUGAGAAGAUAAAAGAGCCAGUCCCGUACAUAUCUGUAUGCAAAGACCCGACUGUUCUAAUCACUUGGCUAUCUUGUUUCGGAGGCAGCAUGGGUUUUUACAUUCUGUCACUAUACGGUCCCACUUAUCUACGCGAAGUUUUUAAAUUUGAAAUCAAGGCGACCGGAUUCCUCACGUCACUUCCAUUCGUUUUGGCGGCGGUCUCCAAGCUUUCAGCAGGACGACUGUCCGACAAAUUAACGUUUUUAUCGGAAAAGGCAAGAUUUGUAUUCUUCGCAGCAAUUUCCCAAAUGGGACUAGCCGGAGGAAUGGCUGUCAUGGCGUUCACGACGAAUCGUCUUCUUGCCCAAGUAGCCUUCAACUUUGCAAUCGUGUGCUCCGGUAUGAACAUUAUGGGAGUUAUCAAGUGUGCCCAAUUGCGUUGCCAGCAACACGUGCAUUUCACACUGGCGGUGAUUUCGUUCACAGGGUAUGCCGAUCAGUUUUUGGCACCGAUUCUAGUGAGAGUUAUUUGUCCGGAUAAUACUUCCCAACAGUGGUCAAUCCUGUUUUAUUUCGUGUCGGUGUUGGUUGUUCUGUGCAAUUUGGGAUUUCCAUCAAUAGCUAAAUCGGAGGCAGCGGAUUAUACAAAACCAAGGACUCAGAAGACUGAUAAAUUUUGA